UGCCGACGAAUCGAAUCGUGGAAGAUCUCGUGAACUGCGUCCGAGCGCGCGCCUUCACUCGGAGCCACUUUGUGUCGGACGCGUAAAGACUCGCGAGACUUUUCAAUUCUACUCAUAUAACCGUUUUCUGCCCUCAAUCCAAAGCGAACAGUUCCUUUCUCUUUAGACGUUCGUCCGGGCAGAGUACGCAUAGAAUCAAGAAUCUUUUCUCCCCCGAGUUCCCCGCAACCACCACCGACUCCUCACCACCGGGCACACGUCAAAAGUCAUAUCGUCAGUAUGGCAUCCCAGCAGCAGCUGAAGAAGCAACAAGAGCUCCAGACGACAUAUCAAAACUACAAGAAUACACUCCAAACAAUUGCCUCAAAGAUUGGCGAUAUCGAGCAAGAAACAGAAGAGCACAAACUCGUAUUGGAGACGUUGCAACCAUUGUCAGGAGACCGGAAAUGCUUUCGUAUGAUCAACGGUGUCUUGACCGAGCGAACGGUCAAAGACGUUGUGCCGAUCCUGCAGACCAACUCUGAUGGCCUUAAGCAGGCUCUGGAAGAGCUAGUCAAGCAGUACAAGUUGAAGCAAGAUGAGAUGGAGAAGUGGAAGAAGAAGAACAAUGUCCAAGUUGUCCAACAGCCAGGGCAGUAGAAGAUACCAGUGAUGCAACAACCCUUUGACAGGAUGGGCACACGGCAUAUGCUGGGAGCCACAUGAGAUGACGCAGACGAGUACGGCAACGAUAUCUCUGGUGACUGGAAAUGGGAUAGAUAGAUUGGGACCCUGACAAAGGGUUCUGCAUGUUCCGAUACGGAGCAUACAGACGUAAUAGGGUCUCUCCGGUUUCCGAUCUUUGCACAGCAGGCCGCGACAGAACAGCACGACAGAACAGCACAGCCUCUUGAUGACAACGAAGAGCUUACCGGUGGAUAAGGUCUAUAUGGAUCGUGUACUAUACCUCUCACAAACUAUGCGAGAAUCUUGCAAUGUCACGAUUGAACCAGCCACAACAGAUCCGAGUAGCUGGGC